AUGGAUCUCCAGCUCGUGGACGGUUUGGGAGAUGGUGAGGCCGAGCUGCUAGCGGCCGCGGCGGCACACAAGGAGGCCGGCAGCAACGGCGACGCCGUGGCGGCCGACAAUGGCAGCAGCGGCAGCGGCAUCCCGCCCCGCGGCGCCUCCCCGCCGCCCGGCCCCGCGCCCGGCGCCGCCGCGUCCCCCUCCAAGCCCCCGUCCGCCCCCGCGGGCGCGGGCCCCAGGACGCUCUACCGCGCGCCGUCGGGCAACAACCUCGCGCGCGUGCCCAGCCAGAGCAGCCUGGACACCAGCGGGGCGCUGCCCAACAAGGCCAGCCACCCCUGGCACGACAUCCCCAUCGGAGACAAGGCGCCGGAGGUCGUGACCGCCAUCAUCGAGAUCCCUGCGGUGCGGCGCUGA